AUGACAAUGUUAUACUUAAUUUUGUUGGUUCUUUUUAUUAUUGCGUUGUAUAAAUAUUCAACGUGUAAUUAUGAUUAUUGGAAGAAGAAAAAGAUUCCAUUCGAUCAACCGAAAUUAUUUUUUGGGAGUAUUAAAGACGCUGCAUUUUUUCACAAAAAUAUUCCUCAAAUAGUUGGAGAGAUAUAUCGUAAAUAUUCAAAAUCCCCAUUUGUUGGUUUCUAUAAAAUGAGAACACCAUGUCUCUUAUUAACAACACCCGAACUUAUUGAAGAAGCCUUUGUGCACGGUUCUGAUUCAUUUUGGAAAAAUGAAUUAACCGUUGAACCAAGUUUGGAUCCCGUUUUAGCAGGAAUGUUAUUUUCAAAUGUUGGUCAAAAAUGGAAGAAAAAUAGGGAAUUAUUUACACCAAUAUUAACAACACGAAAAAUAAAACAAGUAUUGCCCUUUUUAGUAGAAGGUACUAAAGAUCUUAUUGAUCAUAUCCAUAAAAAUAAAACUUUAGAAGCUCGUGAUUUAACAUCAAGAUAUGUAGCCGAUGCGAAUGCUUUAUCAGCUUUUGGAGUUGUAGGAAACUCAUUUAAAGAUGAUAACGCUGUGUUUCGACAAAUGUCUCAAACAUUUAUGGACCCAACAAUAACAUUUGGUUUGAAGAUAUUCGUUAUGGUAGUUGCGCCAAAUCUCGCCAAAUUAUUACGUUUAAAAAUUAUAUCUGCAUCAUUUGUUGAAUACGUCAAGAAAACUAUAAAGAUAGCAACAAAAUAUCGAUAUGACAAUCAAAUCAAGAACAACCACAUUAUAGACCAAAUUUUAAAAUUAACAAAAAACGAUAAAAAGAGUAAUGAAAUGAAUCUUUUAUCGUUUGCUUUCUCGUUUAUUUUAGAUCCAACAACAGCUAACCAAGAAAGUUACGUUUUAUAUUCUUUAGCUUCGCAUUUAGGAGUUCAAAAGAAACUUCAAAUUGAAAUAGAUGAAGUUUUAAAAAAAUAUGAUGAUAAAAUAACGUUUGAUGCUAUUCAAGAAAUGUCUUAUUUAGAUUGUGUUAUUUCAGAAACAUUGAGAUUAUAUCCAGCUGUUCAAAUCAAUAUGAAAAGAUGUACUGGUUAUUUCGAAUUUAAAGUGAAAAAUGAUCAAGAUCAAAUUGUUAGUGUAGAACCGGGAAUGUCAAUUGCUGCUUCAGUUAUUGGAAUGCAUCACGAUGAAAGAUAUUUUAAAUACGCUCAAGAAUUUAUUCCGGAACGAUUUUCCGAAAAAAAUAAAAACAAAAUUAUAAAAGGGACUUAUAUUCCUUUUGGAAUUGGAAAAAGAUAUUGUGCCGGAAUGAAAUUGGCCGUUUAUUUAAUGAAAAUAUCCACGAUUGCUAUUAUAAAAGAAUUCGAAAUUAGUGUUAACCCAAAAACCGGAAAUCCUUUUGAUUUGAACCCGUUUGUUGUUAUGGCAAUACCUAAAUCGGGAUUGUGGAUUGAUUUUAAAGCGAGAAAUAAUAAAGUGUAAAUUAUGUUAUUAUUCUUUAUUUUCUCUAUUGUUAAUUGUAAUUUGUUUUUUAAUAAAAUUAAAAAAUAUUUUUAAAAACAAUGUUAUCCAGACAAUACACUUUGUGUUUCCGAGUUU